AUCACAAUAAAAAACGCAUGUUAACAAAAAAUUUGAAAUUUUUCCUAACCAGAUAAAGUUGAUAUUCGAUUUUUGCCGGCUCCAAAGCCGCUAUUUCAUUUAUAACGCCGUUACUGUUUUUUCGCGCGUUCUAGUGCUGCAUUACGUUUGAAUAAUUAACGCUUUGUUUCGGUACAGCGUCGCUCUUACCGCUUCGGCUAGUUUUUUCAAAUUUACAAUUGUUUUCUUGGCUUGUAUGCAAAAACAUUUUGAAAUUAGGCGCAAAGUUACAGACAUCUAUAUACUCACUUAAAAUGGACGACUCUCGCCAAUCUAUCGCGCCGAACGAGGCUAGCACUACUAUGUAUUUGUCCUUUGACGCCGACGACACGAUUGCCAGCAAAUUUCAGUCAAUCGCGGGAGACGAUGAUACCGUGGACAUCACAACCAAUGGCAUUAUUGAAGAGCUAGACGAAACUCUGGAGGGAAAUGAACGUAAUAUUAAGAAAACAGUGCUUAAAUGUGUGACCGCUAGCGUUGAAAUGGAAAACUGUUCGCCCUUGCGUCCUUUUGACAAUAGCAUUUUUAAUAAAAACAAUGCUCUAAGCUCAACACCCUCUAAAAACGUAACAAUGCCGGAGGGAACUAUGAUUAAAGCCGUGCUCGGAACGCCUCUUGUCCCCGAUGGAUACGACAAGGAGAACACACACCCUGACGAAGGCACCGACUUUUCAACUUGCUGGAUAGAUGGGACAGCUUCGACAGUAAAAGUAAACGAUGGCACAACGGACGAGAUAUCCAUACAAGAGGCUAAUAAGACAGGUGGUACUGGAAUAACCAAUGCCACAGCUCUCGAACUAAUUAAAGAAGUUUCCAAAGAGAAUGUAUCAUUGGAUGUACCAUUAGCAGCCACUGCCACUAAUGGACCCACAAACAUCAAUGCUGGUGAAUGCCAGGUGAAUGAUGUUACGAACGAAAUGUCGGAGUUAAUUGCCAAGGCUUUGAAAUUAUCGGAUCCGGCGAAGCCGAUGAUCAGUCUUAAACCGUUUGCAGCGACCAGCAAUAAGCUUCGUGCUGUGCCAUCGUUGCCCAUGGCCAGGCCCCGGCGCUCAUACCUACCUAUAUCUGGCGGAGAAGCGCGCACCUAUUCCUUUAAACAGCGCAUGUCGGUGGUGGUGAAGACCACGUUAAAUAGUCCUGCACGAAAACUGAUCGCAAGCAACUCGGCUACGAUGUGCCGCCGUAGCUUACUGCCUGGCCCAAAGUUGUCUGUUGGUGGAAGCGCCGGAGGUAAUUUUCGCAAAUCCGUCUUUGGCACGGCAACUGAAGAGAGCAAACCAACUGGUCCCCUGACGAAGAAAUUAACGCAGAAGGUUGGCAAACCCAAAUACGACGUGGAUACCCAGUACAAAUGCAAGACGUGCGGUGCUACAUUUCGAGUGAAGAGUUUGUACGAUAUGCAUGUGCAUAUGCAUGAUAUGGUUGUGAAUGGUCCGAGAGUGCCGAAAAAGUCGAUCAUUCCAAGCCCUUUGUACCCUGCUAGUGCAGCGAGUACAAAUCAAAAGCACGCUUGCAAGUAUUGCGAUAAAAACUUUGCACUGGAACGUGCACUACACAUUCACCUCAUGCAAAAUUGUGAAAAGAUACCGCCGGUGGAGAAGCGCAAGUUGCAAUAUACAGAGCUCAACCACGUAAAAAAGGCACAGCUUCCCAAGAUCACGGGUUCUGCAGCAAUAUGCACUCUGAAAUCCCACCAAGAUUCCAAUUGCACUGAACAAAAGUCCGCAACUGCCAACAAGACACAUGGAUCAAUGCUGCCGCCUUCGGUGAAAAAAGUUGCCAAGUCGGCUGCACAUGCUGGUGUCUAUCGCACUCCUACAAAGUCUGUGCCUUGUAGCGUGUGUAAGCAGUCUUUCAAAAGCAUACUCGACUACACUAAUCACUGCCUCACCGUGCAUUCAAAGAAAGUGCAGAUGGAGCAGGACAAAGUUGAUGAUGCACAGAGUGCAGCCUAAGAUUAAAUAAAAUAUUUGUAUGUAUCUUGUAGACUUAGUUUCCUUUAAAUGUAAUUUGCAGUUCAAAUGAACGCCAUUUAGUUCCGCUUAUAUCAA